UCUUACCCAACCAGAAAUCACAUGGUAUAAAAACAGCAUGCCCCUCCCAGGGACAAAUGCCGCUCUUCAGUUCAAUAAUGUGUCGUACCUUCACUCUGGAAACUACUCCUGUGCUCUCAAAGACAACAUAAACACCUCAUCUCCUCAGGUCAUUUUAGAUGUUCAAUAUCCCCCAAGGAACACGUCAGUGUCAGCCAGUCCCUAUGGUGAAAUAUUGGAGGGCAGUUCAGUGACUCUGACCUGCAGCAGCAAUGCCAACCCACCGGUGCAGACAUACACCUGGUUUAAGAAUAACAGAUCUGUAACCUCAGAGAGAGGGUCAGGGCAGAGUUAUUCUAUCACUAACAUCACAUCUGAGGACAGCGGACAGUACCACUGUAAGGUUCUCAAUACGCAUGGAGCCGAAAACUCUACUGUUGUGACUUUAAAUGUAGCAGCCAAGGCCAAGUACUACGGACCGCCCGUCAUUAUUGUAGUAGGAACUGUACUGGCUGCCCUGGCUCUUAUUUUGAUCAUCAUCAUUUUUGCCGUGAGAAGGAAAGCAGGAGCCCACAGAGAAGAGGGAUGUAGAGGUGUGGGACCUAAGGCUGCUAUGGACAACAUUUAUGCCAGCACUGCAGAGUUCGACCUC